ACUCGCGUUACUAUGGCAACGGCAGUGUUUGAUAGCGGGGUCCUUUCCAGCAACAACAAGAGACGGUGUCUAAAUGAAGUGCUUCUAGUACGAAAACAGAUGGAAUAUGGCUGAACAACUAAAUGUAACCCAGUAUCUAAAACUUAACCUUCUGUCAUUUCUCUCAUGAGGAGCCAGAGCUGACCUCUUGCCAGGAUGGAGGUGGCCCUCUCUGCCCCGCAGAUACUCUCAGAGCCCCCCAAGAGGCGGACUCCUCUGCCUCUGAGCCAGCUGGUGGAGGAGAGCAGGAGCAUAGCCAACAUUCCCAAUCAUCUAUUGGAAUCAAAAAUCUAUGCCAAACUGAAAAGCAACAGCCUGAUCCAAGCAGAGCCCCCAGUGCUUCACUUCAGUGGGUUUGAGCUGGGCAAGGAUUACAUAAAGAUCCUGAAACUAAUCAACAUCUCAUCUGAAGUAAUGAAUAUUCAUAUAAUUCCCACCCAAACCAAGCACUUCCAAACAACUUAUACCAAAAAGUAUCGACUCAUCCCAGGCCUCGCCUACACACUGAGGGUCAGAUUCUGUCCUGACGAGUGGCGGUACUUCUAUGACUGCGUACGGGUUCACUGCAAGGGGGAAGAGAACCUGUUAAUUCCAGUUCAUGCUUACCCUGUCAUCGAUGACCUGCACAUCCCUCCACAUAUCGACCUAUCAUCCGUACCACUUGGACAAAGUGUUUGCCAUGCUAUUCCUCUGAGAUGCAGCUGUCCCAUUGACUUUGAGUUUCAGGUGUGUGUUAUUCAGCCCCAUGAGGCCUUCUCCAUCCACCCUCUUACAGGUGUGAUACCAGCCAAUGGUGAAGUGAAGAUCAUUGUGACCUUUAGACCUUUCCAAUAUGAGACUUCUCAGGUCACCAUCCAGCUGAUCAUCUCACAGUUCAACACCAAACCCUACCUCUGUACCAUCACUGGGAGCUCCGCCCCUCACCUAGCACUCGGUGAGCUGGGAAGAAAGUCAGGUCAUGGAGAUGUAGUGCCUGCAGAAUACAAAGGACCUUCACCUGCCACCCAAGUGCCUCCUCGAAGAAAAAACAAAUACAGAUCAACCAAGGAGGCUGACAAAUUAAGGAGACAAGAGAAGAAAGAGACAUUGAGAGAUCAGGCUAGUGAUAAGCCUGGACUGAAGCCUCUGGCAGAUGUCUGUACCCCAGCAGGGGUGGUGAAGAUGCUGAUCAAAGACACUAAUAAACUCUGCUCUAAAGACCUGAGGGAAGCCAUAUCCUGUGGCAGUAUGCUUGGUCUGCAAAACAGGCAGAUGAAGGAGGCCCUCUUCAUGAGAAAGGUUCAACAAAACGUGAAGGAGGAGCAAGCCAACCACCUCAGAUGGCACGCUCAUCUUGGUAAGGACCCCGUGUCAGAGCACACCAGGAGGCAGAUAGCAGAGGAGAGAGAGAUUGCACUACAUGAAUACAUGGUAAAAAGGGGGGAUGUAAGGCAUGAGGAGGACUUUGCUGCUGGACAACCUAAACUUUCCUCCAGACGAGUGCUUUGUGAAGCAGGACAGGCCUGCAAGGGAGCCCCAUCCUUCCAGUUUUACUCCAGUUUUCAGUGGGAGCUGAGACAAAGAGCCCUCAGACUGUUCCAGCAGGCAGCACGCAAGGUAGUGAUCCGAUGUCGCAUGAACCAGAGACUGACCUGUUUGAAGAAACUGUCAGACAGUAUGAAGAACUUGCCCUUGGCAAAGAAAGAGGAGAUGACUUGUGAUCUGAAGAUCUCACCAGACAGAGUCUUUCCAUUUGCUUUCCCCAUUUUCUCUGAUGAAGAUGACCCGCUGGCUCACAGUAAUUUGGUCCCGGUGCCUGUGGAUCCUAUUGAUGUGACUGUGACAACACAUAUUCCUUUCUUCAAGCUUCAAGUUCCUCAGCACUAUAAGCUUAUGGGCUACCGGCCUGUCUCAGCCUGGGAGGCAUUUAACUCUUAUAUCCCCACUACUUUGGCCAGACCACUUCGCUCUGGAGCUCCGGACGAGCUGGUGCCCAAUGAGGUCGGAGCCCAACAUCCCACAACAAUGGAGCCCAAAGCGUGGGAGGGACAGCAGCAUGAACAUGAAGAGGAGGAUGUGGGAGCAAAGGAGGCCGCCAGUCUCACCUUCAUCGCCCCCGAAGCUCUGCUCAGACCUUUUCCAGCAAACCCACUCAGAAUAUUUAACCCAGCUCCAGGCCUGCAGACUUACAAACCGACCCCUAAAUACCUGGAGAGUGAUCUGGAGUUCCACCUCUGUCCUCUGCCCAGGUAUACAGUUCCUGAGAGCAACAUGCGUGGUAUAAGGACACAAACCCCACACACUCAGAGGAAGUUUCUGGACCGCAAGGAAGUGAUCACAGGGCUCAUGACGUGGAAGAAUUUUGAUUCGAUUACCUCGCGCUGUCUGUCCAACCAACCUGCUCUCACCAGUGACUGUGCCCUGCGCAGGUCUGUCGACUACAGCACAGAUAUACUUCCACUCACAGCACCUCCUCCUCUUCUCACUGGCCCUCCUGAUGAUCUGGCACCACUAAUGGACAAACCGUGUGAAGGCUCAGGAGUCCAACUCACACCAGAGAUGAUCAGAGCAGAGUUCUUGUCCGGGGAGGCUCUCGUCUCCAAUAGCAACCUCACCAGAGGAACAGCAGCUAGGCACCAGAGGGAGCUUCAGAUGGAGGCGACCUACAGGUCUGAGUUCAAUCAGAUGGGAAAAAGAGUGAUGACCAGGCUGAAGCAACUUGGAGUCACUGACAGAACUUCUCAUUCACCAGAUGACUGUGAAAAGGCAAACACCCCCCCACCAACAUACACACACACACACAAAACCUCAAAAAUAAGCUCUGUGCACACAAAUAUACACACACUCACACUUGAAUAAACACUAUCACAGGGCUACAACUAAGCAUUAUACCCAUCCUACUCGCCCAUAUGAGACUCUACAUUCUCAGCCCUGCCACUUCUGUAAAAUAAAACCUGGUUACUUUCUCGCCCACCUAUAAGCCUCCCUCACACCCACUCAAAAUUACCAGUAAGCUCUCCUCCUAUGCUCUUACAAAGCCUAGAAAUUCGUUCUCCCUCCACCCACACAGAUCCAUAUAUAAGCACAGCUACAGUAUAUUCUAACAAGCUACAUCACAUUACUGACAACUGAAAAAAAUUAUAAUUCUACAUCUUUAUACUGUAGUUUAUGGUGUCGAUGCCAGUGAGCAACACACAACGCUUAUUACUAUUAAACUGUAUUAUGUUGCAAACAUGUCAUACUGUCAUACUUGAUCUUUGGGGACAGUUGAAUAUGAUUGACCCUUUUUGAUUAAAGUCAUUCACGUGCUUUC